AUGUACCAAGCUAUGGAAGCAGCGGGCAGUUCCAUGACUCUUUCCGAGGCUGCGAGAAUAUUUGGAGUACCUAAAAGUACUCUAUCGCUGAAGUCGAGGUGUUUUACACCUAUUGAUUGCAGAAAAGGUCCGUCAACUAUCCUGAGCAGUGAGGAAGAGAAUUAUUUAGUAAGGAGCAAGAAAAAGAACCCCUUUAAAAAUAAUCGACCAGGAAAGCAUUGGUACAAUGCUUUUAUGAAACGUCAUCCAUCAUUAACGAAAAGGAUUUCUCAAAAUUUAACUACUACCAGAGCAGCUGUCACCGAAACUGAUCUUCGCGGGUGGUUUUCUACAGUUCUCGAUUAUUUGGAGAAGAAAAACUUACUGUCCAUUGAUGCUAAGCAAGUAUUUAACCUUGAUGAAAGUGCCUUCAUGAUGGUACCUAAAGAUAAUACUGUAAUUACUAAGAAAGGAGCAAAAUCAGUAUAUCAAAUAGUCAGUGCCAGUGACAAAGCCUGCAUAACUACGUUGAUAACUGCUUCUGCUUCUGGUGAAAUGGCACCACCUAUGAUUUCGUUUGACAGUAAAAAAGCUCCAAAAAAAAAUAUUUUGGAUAAUAUUCCUAACGGGUGGGGAGUCGGUCAUACUGAAAGUGGCUGGAUGACAGCGGAGAGCUUUUACUAUUACAUAAAAAAUGUAUUCUUUAAGUGGUUGAAAGAAAACAACCAUCCAUUUCCUGUAGCUCUUUAUGUUGACGGCCAUUCCUUACACUGCACUCUUCCUCUGGUAGAAUUAUGUCAAAAAAAUCAGAUUGAAUUGAUAGCUUUGUAUCCUAAUGCAACCCAUAUAAUUCAGCCACUGGAUGUUGCAUUAUUUCGGCCUUUAAAAGCCUCUUAUGCAAAAGAAUACAGAAGGUAUGAAAUUGAGAAUGAUGUAGUCGACUUCAAAAAAUGGAUGUUUGCUUCAGUUUUAGAGAAAGCUCUCGAAGCUGUUGACUUUAGUAAAACUAUUCAAAGUGGAUUUCGUGCUACCGGCUUGUAUCCAUUUAAUCCGGAUGCUGUUAAUUAUGAUGUCCUCAACAAAAAUACCAAAAAUAAAAAUUGUUCCGAAGCGUGUACGUCAAAUAAUAGUGAAGAUAACAUAGAAAUUGAUUCAAAUGUUCAGCGUCAAGUGGAAUUUUUACAAAUAUUGGAAAACCAAAUAAUUCCGCGAAAAUGUAGUUUAGAUACACAAGAAAAUGAUAAUGUAGCUAUAGAUUCUGAGCAUACACUAGCAGUUGAAAAUACGAUUGACGGUGAAUUAUUGCAAAACAGUUCUCUUAAAUACGAUAUAUUAACAAAUCCUACGUUAAGUAUGGAAAUCGUACAAGAGUCUAAACAAAACAUUGUUUUUUUCCCGAAUGAAGCAUUAUCUGACUUGAUACAAUCAGACAGUUCCGAAGAAUCAAGUUCUGUGAAUGUAAUGGAGUUAAUUGUUGAUACUAAUUUAAGUAUACAUGAAAAUAAAUCUAAUUUGCGAUCAAAUUCUCCAUCUGUGUGUAUUAAUACACCUGAAAUCACCGUCGAAGCAAGUGCUAAUUCUAAGUUGAAGCAUAAAGAGAUAGAAAAUAUAUUUGAAGGUUGUGAAUCUGAUUUAUCAUGUCACUCUAAUAAUUUGGAUGAACCAAAGAAUUUGUGGACUGAUAAUAGUAGUAAAACUACUCUAGCAAGUAGAAUAAAAACAAGUACAAUAAAAAAAAGAAAAGAAAAAUGUCUGAUGAAAAUACUCCAAUUGCUUGCACUGUAG